AACCACCCAGAUGCGCUCACCCAUCGUGAGUCAGUAAUUUGCUACCCCCUCUUCUACUUCCGGCAAUGCUUCCCCUCUACACAUUACUUGGUACGCUAGUUCUCUUCUCCCCCCAGCACGCAUCAUGUUUCGCUGCUGCAAAUCAUGAUACCCUCACGGUAGGCCAAGAGCUAUCCGUCGGCGACAAGCUCGUCUCAAGAAACGGCAAGUUCGCGGUUGGUUUCUUCACGUUCCAGUCAGGCCCGAGCACUUCAAGUAAGUCCAGCAACACCACAGCCUCCCCCCGUUGGUACCUUGGCAUAUGGUACAAUAAGAUUCCAGUUUUCACUACGGUGUGGGUUGCUAACAGAGACAAUCCAAUUACUCAUGAUGCCAAGCUCAGCCUGACACAGCUCAAAAUAUCACGAGACGGCAACCUUGUCAUCUUAGAUGGUGCCACCAAAUCUAGAAUAAUCUGGUCCACUGUCAUCAUCAAUAGUACAGAAACCGGCAGGCUAAACACUAGUGCUGUUCUCUUGAAUAGUGGAAACCUUGUUGUCAUCACCGAAAACUCAUCUAACCCAGUAACAUUGUGGCAGAGCUUUGACUAUCCAACAGAUGUUGUGCUUCCGGGUGCCAAGAUUGGCUGGAAUAAGGUCACUGGUCUGACUCGUCAGUACAUUUCAAGAAAGAGCAUGAUUGAUCCAGGUACUGGCUCCUUCUGCACUGAACUGCAAAUCAACGGGGCAUUGGUGCAUAGGAGCUGGAACACCUCUAAUGUGUUUUGGUCUUGGGGAACUGUAAGGUCGUCGGCUCCUAAACUCGUACCACUACUCCAGUCAUUACUUGACAUAAAUCCAGAGACUAGAGGUUUGAUUAGGCCGGAUUACAUCAACAACAGUGAGGAGGAGUACUACAAUUACACUUUACUGAAUGAAUCAAUUUACAUUUUCUAUGUUCAUGACAUAUCUGGUCAGACCAAGCUGAAUGUUUGGUCGCAAGCCAAACAGUCGUGGCAAACACUAUACACCCAUCCUAUUUCUCCCUGCACGGCAUAUGCUACCUGUGGACCAUUUACGGUCUGCAGCGGUAAUUCAAAUCCAUUUUGUGGCUGCAUGGAGAGCUUCUCUCAGAAGUCACCUGGGGAUUGGGAGCUUGGUGAUCACACAGGAGGGUGUGUCAGAGAUACUCCAUUAGAUUGCACUGAUACGAAAAACAAGACAAGUUCAACAGACAUAUUCCACCCCAUAGCUCAUGUUACAUUACCCAAUAACCCAGAAAUCAUAAAAGAUGCUACCACUCAAAGCAAAUGCAUAGAAGCUUGUCUCAGUUAUUGCCCCUGCACGGCCUAUUCCUAUAACAAUAGCAUAUGUUCUAUAUGGAAUGGGGAUCUGGUUGAUGUAAAGAAGAAUGAUGGCACUGAGAAUAAUUCUGAAGAUGUUCUUUACCUUCGCCUUGCUGCGACAGAUUUGGAAAAAUUGAGAAAGAACACCAAAAGAAAACCGGUCGCUAGAGUUAUUGUUGUAACAAGCAUUAUUACUUUUGGGUCCCUAAUGCUCAUCAUGCUGUUGUUACUGAUGUGGAGAAACAAAUCCAAGUGGUAUGGUGUGGGAUUACGUGACAGUCAAUGUGGUGGUGGAAUUAUAACUUUUAGAUACAGUGAUUUGAAUCAUGCUACGAAAAGUUUCUCAGAAAAACUAGGAACAGGUGGCUUUGGUUCGGUGUUCAAGGGUGUGUUAAGUGACCAAACUACUAUAGCAGUCAAAAGGCUUGAUGGUGCCCGGCAAGGAGAGAAGCAGUUUAGGGCUGAGGUGAGCUCAAUCGGAUUGAUCCAACAUAUCAACUUGGUCAGAUUGAUUGGUUUUUGCUGCGAAGGCGAUAAUCGGCUACUUGUGUAUGAACACAUGUUAAAUGGGUCUCUUGAUGCUCAUCUAUUUGGGAGCAACCCUAGUGUCCUGGAUUGGAACGCCAGGUACCAAAUAGCUAUGGGAGUUGCUAGAGGAUUGUCCUACUUGCAUCACAGUUGUCGUGAGUGCAUCAUACACUGUGAUAUUAAACCAGAAAACAUACUUCUGGAUGCAUCUUUCAUUCCUAAAAUUGCAGAUUUUGGAAUGGCAGCAUUUGUAGGAAGGGACUUCAGCCGAGUUCUAACUACAUUAAGGGGAACUGCAGGGUAUCUUGCCCCAGAGUGGCUCAGCGGAGUUGCAAUUACACCUAAAGUUGAUGUUUAUAGCUUUGGUAUGGUACUAUUAGAAAUCAUAUCGGGGAAAAGAAAAACACAUGAACAAGUAUACACAGGCAGCAAUCAUCAUGUGGCUUAUUUUCCUGUGCAAGCUAUCCUCAAGCUUCAAGCGGGCGAUGUGAGCAGUUUGGUGGAUCCACAAUUACAUGGCGACUUUGAUUUGGCGGAGGUUGAGAGGGUUUGCAAAGUUGCAUGUUGGUGCAUCCAAGAUGAUGAGUCUGAUCGCCCAACAAUGGGCGAACUAGUACAGGUUCUUGAGGGUCUCCAGGAGCUUGAUGUGCCCCCAAUGCCAAGACUCCUUGCAGCUAUUACGCAUGGAAUUCUCUGAAGAGUCUACUUGUGACAGUAAUGCUUCAUAGCCUAUGUUAAUAAUUUAUUAUUCAGCAAACUUUAAAUUUGUAGCGAGGCAUGGAAAUAAGAAAGUAAUUCAUGAAGAUUGAUUGUAAUUGUAAGGCAAGUAAAUGGCAUCCUUGCUAUAGUACUAAAUCUGUUAUCGUCAGUUUGACAUGUAUGUUGGUGGAUCAAAUACUAUUUGUACAGUGAUAUUUUGUUCUUCAACUUGUGAAUAGUUUGGUCA